AUGUCGGCUGCUCUCAUCAACAGAUCGCUCACAAAUAUCCGUACAGAAUUGGAGUUUCUCCAUGACUCCGAGGUUAUAGACGAAAAGCUCUUCAAUGCUUUGCUGGAGGCUCUUCCUCAACGUUACUCCAAGGGAAUGGCCCCUUGGGGAGCUGAGAAGCUUUCAGCAGAAAAGGAGGACCCUGUGGAAGAAGUCUCCCAGAGCCUCCAGAAAUCCACAAUCCAGGACGAAAUCAAGGAACCUGCCAAUCCUGCCAGAGUGCCUCCUAGAAAGCCAGCUGGCCCUAUCGGCUACUGCAAGGCCUUGUACAACUACGAGGCGCAGGAGGCAGACGAUUUGGCCUUGUCUAAGGACGACAAGUUGGCUGUCGUGGAGCACCUUUCUCUGGACUGGUGGAAGGGCUGCAAAUUGGGCCAGGGUCCAGACCAGGCGGGUGUUUUCCCAUCCAACUACGUGUCUGUGAUUCUGGAGACCGAGUUCCAGCAGACCAGGGAGAAGGCGCCAAUUAACGAAAAGGCCACGUUCGAAGACAGAGCCCAGUCUCCUUCGGCUCCCCCUUACGACCAGGUGGUGCCCCAGCCCACGUACCCACAGUACCCACAAAACGGCCAGAAUGCCCCAUACGGCCAGUACCAGAGCCCACAAAACGGUUACGGCCAGAGCCCACAGAACGGCUACGGCCAGAUGCAGCCUUCUUACGGCGGAUACUCCCAAUAUCCUCCUCCAUCCGCCAACUACUACCCUCAACAGCAGCAGGUUCAGCAGAUGCCCCAGGAGCAGCAGGUUGAGCAGUCUAGCGGCGAGCAUGGAAAGGGUCACGAGCAUGUUAAGAAGUUUGGUGGUAAAUUGGGUAAUGCGGCCAUUUUCGGUGCUGGUGCCACUAUCGGUUCGAACAUCGUGAACUCGAUCUUCUAG